AUAAUGGUUUGAAUAAGGAGGGAGGGGGAGAAUCCAAUCCGGUUUGAGCUAGUUCUUCUGCCAAUGGAACAUUACCGUCGCGCUACGCUGUAUUAGACUGUACUGGUACAGCUUUAUCCAGAAUAUACCACUGUAUUUUUUCUCCUGUAUUGAGCAACAUUUAGCUCUCCUUUCUUUAAAAAAAAUCACCCCGCACAAACCAGCCAUGCCUAAAAGGAGCAAAGCAGGAGGAGAAACAGUGGCCAAGAGGAGAUCUCUCAGGUUGAGUGAAAAACCUGCACCUUCAAAGGCAGAGGCCAAACCUAAGCCAAAGAAGGCACCUGCUAAGCCUAAGAAAGCCAAGGAGGUAGAGAAGGCAAAGCCCGAGGAGAAAGCACCAGAGGCCCCCGCUGAGAACGGCGAAGCCAAAGCAGAAGAAGAGGCACCAGCCACAGAAGAAGCAGAAGAAAAAGAUGAUGCAGCAGAAUAACAUCUCUCAAACCACAUCUUUGCCAGUGCUCCCUGUACCUCUUUUCUUGUACAAUUCAGGGGGAUAUUUUUAUCAACUAUUUUCUAAAUACAGGUUUUUUAGUAGUUUGAUUCUAGAGAACACUUUUUUUUAAUGAAAGAAAAAAAGUCAAUUUGGAGACGGGAAUUUCGUCACAUCCCACAAUUUUGCAUCGCCACAAAAAAAUCACGGUUGUUGUUUCCGUCAGUGGAUUUAGUUUCAGUUUUUAAUGUGAAGAAGGGGAGGGAGGGGGGAGCGGGACAGGUUACCGCGUUGGCGCUUAAGCACAGCAUUCACAGGAGCUGGGGCAACAACCAGAGGAGCGUGUCCACCUGGAUUACAUUCCAUAUGCUUUAUAAGGGACAAUGUAUGUAAUCUGUGCGGGGGUGGGAAUAGACAAAGUCACAGGGCAACUCAUUGUUUUAUUGUUUAUAAUGAACAGUGUUUUAGAAUGUUUGUAAGCUUUGUUCCUAUAUGUUAUUUCUUGUACUCAUGCAGUUUUCUCAAUGAAUCUGAUCAAUAAAGCUAAAAAUCCCUAGUACUGGAGCUCUCCUUAUCAAAACUGCAUCGCGUGUGUUGGUUGUGUCUCUGUUUCUGUGAUAGCAUCGCAAUAAAUUUGUAUAGCUGCUGUGAAAAAAAGGUUCAAUCUUUCUAUAUGCAUUGUGUAAUGGUACAUAUUAAGGAUGGUAAAAAUGGAAUUUGUUUUCUUAGCCAGGAUAAUGAGGUGUGUAACCAUCAAAAAGAUUGGCGUCUUAAGGCCAACCGACAAACUACAUUUAUUUGAGAUGUCAAAUGCAUACCAGCAGUAGCAAUAUUAAUGUGGGUUUUAGAUAUCUGUAUUAAGUACAAGUGUGCAGUUCCCUUUUAUUUGUUUAUAGAUGUACCUGUGUAAUGAUUGUUAUCAACAAACCAAUAAAACUGUUGGUAGUUGUUUCA